CGACAAGACAGCUUUGGCGCAAAGGUAAAAUCAACGAGUCGUCAUCCAACCACUAUAGCUGCACAUGAAACGAAGAUACUUAUGGGGUUGGCAAACAGUUGUCCAGGAUCAUUAACCCAAGUUGUUGUGGAAACCAGUACGGGAUCUGAUCAAGUAGCUGGAAUAGUUGUUACCCCAGGACUUGUUACG